GGAUGUGUAUACAUUACGAUUGUCAUGCAUCAUGGAAGCUUUAGUUCUUCGAACCUCAAUCGCAAGGCAUUCAAUUAUUCACUUUGUCUUAGAGUUAAGUGGUGUGGCCCCAAAAAAGCCGAGAACAGGCAGAAUAGAGGGGCGUCGCGUUGUCAAGCUUCUGAAUGAUACAUCUUACUUUCUUCCAUUCCUUCACAACCUCAACUUCUUAGAAAUCAUAAAUCUGUCCCUUUGAAAGUUUUCUUCAGGCUGCAAAGAUCUUUAGGAUACGUGGUCGUGAAAUAUCCAGCAAAAUCGUACAAGGUGUGCGUCAUUUCGUCUGAAGCAAGAAGUCUCUCUUCAUUUCCGCAACACAUAUCCUUCUCUGAAAGAUCCAUCACUCAUCUUGUUAUCUACUACGAGCUGCGAAAGCUACUCCUCUGCCAAAGGAGUAAAUUCAGUAUAUAAAUUAGACAUAGCAAGUCAUGGCAUCGGAAUUCUUCGUUUCCCUUUGGGAAUCCAUCUUCACACCUGGUCCAACCCCCGUCCUCCUUGUUGCAACCAAUGCCGCAUUCGCAGCCCUACAAGUCGUGUUCCUCUCCCUCUUGAUCGCUACAUAUAGUAUCCAUUUCGUGAUUCUAUCGUUUCUUUGUGGCGGGUUAUGGUGGGCUAUAAACUGGUUCGCCGCAGAGGUGAAAGCGGUGAAAGAGCAAGAGGAAGCACGAAAGAAGACAGAAGCGGGAGUUGGAGGAGACGCUAGUGAUGUAGAGACUGUUGUUGAUGAGGAGGGUCCACCAGGGAGCAAGGAGGUCGAGGUCUUGGAGGCGAAGGGGGAGUUGAAGAGCAGAGCACAUUCUACGGGAGGAGGAAACAAGAGUGAGCCCAGUACCGAGGAUGAGUGGGAGAAAGUCAGCGAGAAUGAAAAGGAUAAAUAAACAUCGCAGAGGCGUGUUGUUGGAAAUGAUGGUACAAUGUCUGGAGGAAAGAUGGGAGCUUGAGGAAAUACCCGGUUACUUAGAUGAUCAUUGAAUGGUGGUGUACCUGAAGUACAAAGCUUGAAACUUAUACAAAACAAUAUGGAUACCCCCACAGCAUACUACAAUGGAUGUUAUUUUCCA